AUGGACACACUGGAGAGGCAGCUCAUCUGUCCCAUCUGCCUGGAGAUGUUUUCCAAGCCUGUUGUCAUUCUCCCCUGUCAGCACAACCUGUGUCGGAAGUGUGCCAAUGACAUAUUCCAGUCCCGAGGGACCGCGCUGGGCUCCAGCGGAAGAUUCCGCUGUCCAUCCUGCCGCCACGAAGUGGUUCUAGACAGGCACGGGGUGUAUGGGCUCCAGCGGAACCUGCUGGUGGAAAACAUCAUCGACAUCUACAAGCAGGAAUCUGCCAGCCCCAAGCCGCUGCUGAAACCGGAAUGUCCCACCUGCGAGGAGCACGAGGACGAAAAGAUCAACAUCUACUGCGUCACGUGCCGCGUGCCCACUUGUUCCCUGUGCAAGGUAUUUGGGGAGCACCAGGCUUGCCGAGUGGCCCCCCUCUCCGACGUGUACGAACAGCACAAGGUGCGCAGAACCUCGGGACUAGGGCGGAUGGGAGCUGGGGGACUCGGGGAGGGGAAAAAUAAAGAGCAAGUCCGGAGCGCCUACAUACUGCCCCUCCCUUCCCCCGUCCAGUCUGAGCUGACUGACGGAAUCCGAACCCUGGUGGCCUCCAAUGAGCGGAUCCAAGCGCUGAUAGCCGAGCUGCAGAACACCUGCCGAAAUGUAGAGGACAACUGCAAGGCUCGGAAACAGACGCUGUGCGAGAAGUUCGAGCGCAUGGCGGGUAUAUUGGAGGAGCGUAAGGAGAUCAUGCUUCAGCGUGUGUCCUAUGAGCAGGCAGAGAAGACCCGCCAGCUUCGAGCUCUGAGCCAGGCCUUCGAGGCUCGUGUGGAGGCUGCCUCCAAGCUGGUGGACACGGCUUUGCAGGCUGCAGAGGAACCCCAGGUCCCACUCUUCCUGCAGAAUGCCAAGGUCCUCAUCCAGAAGAUCGCUGAGGCUGUAGGCAGUCCAGAGCUGGAAACAGUAGAACCAGGAUUUGACAACAUGGAGCACUAUGCAGUGGACUUCAACGAAGAGGAACGGGCGCUAUACCAGCUGGACUUCAUCAAGACGGAGGAACCUCUGGAGGCAGCGGUGGCAGCCUCCUCAGAAGGGGAUUGUACUGCUCCGGCAGAGGAACCUGUAGUUCGCGAGGACCAGGAAGAGGAGGUAGCAGCGGCGUUUGCUUCAGGAGCCGAGGCCCCUGAAGAAGCUGGAGCCGGGACAGUGCGGGCCCGGGGGGUAGCCCUAGAGGAGGAAUUGGAACCGAGAACCGAGAGGCAGGAUGGAGAGGAGACGGGUGGGGAACCUGAGGCUGGCGGAGCGAUGAGGGCCAAGGUCCAAGAUAGCGGAUGCCCCCCGACUCCAGGCCGUAUCCCGGUACCACCUCCCAGGGCUCCCCGGGCCGAAUCCCCCAACCCGGGGGUGUGCGGAGUUGAGACCUCGGGGAGCGAAGGGACCGGCAGUACUGUCAGCGGUUCGAACAACGGAGAUGGGACAGGAACACCUGGGUGCAGCCAGAAUUCAGACGCGGCGGUUUCUGAGUGGGCAGAGCAGGAGACAGGGGAGCCUCAGGGUUUUGCCUCCGGUAACUCCUUAGUCUCCAGCCCCUAGUUACCGCAACGCUGCAAGGAUCGUGGAACUCUCAGCGUCCCGGCGGCCAGCCUGUCCCGACCUCUAUCCUUUGACUUCUCUACUUCCAGUCCCCCCCCCAUCUUCCCCUCCAUCUCGCAGGUAUCCCUCCUUCUUAGCCCCUUGGCCCCGAAGCCUCACUAG